GGCCUAGGGGGCGGGUCCGGUGCGGAGGGGAUACACGGCGAGCAACUAUGACUAAAAAGAAGCGGGAGAAUCUCGGCGUCGCUCAGGAGAUUGAUGGGCUGGAGGAGAAGCUGUCUCAGUGUCGGAAGGACCUGGAGGCUGUGACCUCCCAGCUCUACAGGGCAGAACUGAGUCCUGAGGACAGGAGGUCUCUGGAAAAGGAGAAAACCACCCUCAUGAGCAGAGCCUCCAAGUAUGAGAAGGAGCUAAAGCUGCUUCGGCAAGAGAAUCGGAAGAACAUGCUCCUCUCGGUGGCCAUCUUCCUCCUCCUCGCUCUACUCUAUGCCCACUGGACGAUGUGAGUCAGCCGUCCUCAGCCAUGCAGGUUCCCUUCCACUCUCUACUCAGGGACCAGGCAACCUUUCAAGCUCAAGACGGAGGUGGGGGCCUUUUCCCGUGGUUGCCCAGCAGCUGCAGCACAAAGGCAUGGUACUGCCUCCUCCUAGUGCUCAGUCGAGGGGCAAUAAAGAGCCCCAAGCUCUGCUGUCUAGUGAGUAAAUAUCUCUGGCUGACUAGCUGAGGCACCCCUGUCUCAAGGAUGAAGGGUUGUUCCCAAGUGCUUGUGCACAGUUCGGGAGGGAGGGAGGGAGGGAGGAGAGCAGCUGGGAAGGCAGCAUUGUGCCACCCGAUUCUCCAGAUUCUGUGCCCUGGCCUGUGAUCACCAGUAAAGAAAAUGCAGCAUGCAUGAUAAAAGGUGACUUGGGCUUGAAGUGGAGGUCCCAGGAGCAUGCUAAAUGAACUCAUCUUCUAGAGACAGGCAGGGCUAAGGAGGCCUCCAGGAGUGCGGGGGCAGCAAGAGCUAUGGUAACGACCGGACAGACUUCUGGUACAACAACCAG